GCCGAAUCAUAUAUAACACCAGGCAGGCGUCCAUCCAUCCAUCCACAAAACGAGUUACGCAAAGUCGUGAUGGUGCACAUGUUAUGCAUCCACACACACAAAACCACACCCUCCCUACACAGUGAGUGGCUAAUUAAUUAAGCCCACCUCCUCCCCUAUCUGUCGGCUACCCUGCUACGCUACAUGAAUGCUACGCUGCUACGUUGCCCUCUCGGCCCCCUCGGCCAUGUCACUCACGGUGUGAUGCUGACGGAUGCCGUCGUCGAUAUGGGUGACGUGUCCGCGGCCGGCGACAGGGACGGCCACUCGCUCAUGCUGGUGGCCAGCUCAAAGGGCGACCUGAAUAGACAGACACGCACAUGACAUGUACGGCCACCUUGCCAUUCCCUCCCUCCCUGCUGUCGACUUACUGGUAUUGGUUCUGCUUCAUGGCGCUGCUCUCGUGCUCCCAACCCUCGUUGGGCAUCUCGGGUGUGGUUUCCGGUUUCUGGAACAUGUUCCACACCUCCUCCAGCUCGCUGAACGACUCGCCAACGGGCGGCGGGGGGAAUGCGGGUGGUGGAGGGACGGAGGCCGGGGGGAAGGAGGGUGGGGGGAAGGAGGGUGGGGGGAAGGGCGGUGGACACAGCGAUGGGUCUGCCGCUGCCACAACAGGGGCAGCCGCCACCACCGCCGCACGGCUGAUGUUGUCGCCCUUCGGCUGCUUGCGACGUCUGGCUGCCGCAACCGCCGCAGGUUGGCCGAUCGGCUGGACAAGUGCAGACGGGCCAGCACCACCAGCCUUCGUCGUGCCCUCUUGCUGCUGACAGGCCGACGCAGCAGCACCAUCAGUGGAGGAGCUGGCUGCAGUGGGACUCUUGCCAUCGCCGCCGUGGUGAGUCUUCUUGUGUCGUCCGCGUGACACGACCGUCCACUCGCCGGGGUCAUCCUCGAUCUCAGCUCCUGUCUGGUUGAUGAUGGCCUGUGUGGCCGUGUCGGGCUGCUUCUUCAUCUUCCUGCCCUUCUUCUUUUUGCCGCUGCUGCUGUUGUUAUUGCUGGUGGUGUUGUUGGUCUCUGUCCGCUCGACUGGCUGACGCGUGUCCUUGUUGUCAGCAAGCUGCUGGGACGUCUUGCAGAGACGGCGGAGGAGGGCAAGCAAGGCGACGAUGGCGAAACAGGCGCAGGAGAGCCCCACAACCACCGUCAUUGUUUUCUGCGGAAUCAGAUCAGGGGGAAGGAUGAGUGUAUUGUGUGUGCAUGGGUGUGUCUGCUGUCCUUGCACGGCUUACUGGGUACGUGUUUGGACCGUCGCUGAGGAUCUUUGGCAUUCGGUGCAAAAAUAGCAAGAUGCACGUCACAUGCAUAGGAUGGAUCUUCGAAGAUCCUGGCGGUGUGCACUGAUGACUGCACUCUCGUACCUGCAGACUGUCCUCCUCCUCCUUCUUUCCUUGUCCACG